AUGUCCUCCACGACGAAGCCCGAACCCGAAGCAGCGGCAGUUCAACGCCAGCAAAAGGUCAGAUGGUACCGGUCCACCUUUUACAACAUGACCAUUCUCGGUCUGUGUAACUUCGCGGCGCCAGGAAUAUGGGGUGCCAUGAACUCCCUCGGCGGCGGCGGCGCGCAAAAGCCGUACCUGGUCAACACGGCCAACGCACUGACAUUCUGCCCCAUGGUUGUCUCGUGCUGGGUAUCGAGCGCGCUCGUUCACUACAUUGGAAUCAAGGGCGCCCUGAUAUUCGGAACGCUCGGAUACGCCCCCUACGCAGCCGGGCUUUACACAAACAACAGAUUCGGCACAGAGUGGCUCGUCAUCCUGGGCGCCGCGCUCUGCGGCAUCUCCGCCGGCGUGUUCUGGAUGGCCGAGGCCGCCAUCGCCAUUGCCUAUCCCGAGCCGUGGAAUCAGGGCAAGGCCCUGGGCUACUGGCUGACGUAUCGGCUUGCCGGGCAGGUUCUCGGCGGCGCCAUCAACCUGGGGCUCAACGCGGACAAGGACGAGGCUGGGAAGGUCUCGUAUACCGUCUUCUUGGUCUUUAUUGCGCUGCAGGCUUCGGGUCCCCUCGUGGCCUUGCUGCUCAACCAGCCCCAUCAGGUAGAGCGCAAGGAUGGGAAACAGGUCGACCUGUCCAUUCUCGACAACCCCGGGAGGGAAAUACUCCGCACGACCAAGCUGUUUUUCAGCAAGCAGUUUCUCCUAAUAGUGCUAUUCAUUGGCCAGGCUGUGUUUGCAGAGGCCGUCUUCUUUACUUACCUGUCUCUCUGGUUCUCGGUCCGGGCGAGGGCGUUGGGGUCAUUUCUAUCCGGGAUUAUAGCCGUCAUUGGCGGAAACGUACUCGGGUCCUGGCUUGAUCGUACCUCGAUUCCGCACAAGACACGAGCAAGAUCAUCGUUUUGGCUCAUUGUCAUACUGCAGGGAGCGUGGUGGACGUGGGCAACGGUUCUAGUCACCAAGUUCCGAUAUACGCAGCCGACGUACGACUGGUCCAGCCCAGGAUUCGCGGCUGCAUUCUUGGUCUUUGUCUUUCUUACUCUCGGCUUCCAACUAAACUACCUCUUUCUGUACUUUAUCAUUCAGAAUAUUUCCGGAGAUAAUAGCGAGGUUGUUCGCUAUGCGGCGCUUCUUCGAGGGACGGAAUCGGCUUGGCAAGCCGUCAGCUAUGGCUUGUCAUCCAUUACCAUAAUCGCCCAAGUUGGUGGCGUAUAUGCCAACUUUGCGCUGUGGGCUGUAUCCAUUGUGCCAGCUUGGCUCGUUAUCCGACAUUUUGGAACCCAGGAAAAAGCUUCAAGUCAUGGUUCUGAUGAAGAUGGGGGGAACGAGUGA